AUGUUGCUCAAUGUUGAGUUGAUCAAAGCUGAAGAGACUCUUCCAAAUCUGCAGAAAGCAGGAUCCCAGGAUAUUGGCACAGCCCCAGGCCGAGCAUGGACAAGCUGCUGCUUUGGGUCUCUGCUCUACCUGGGAGCCUUUGCUCAGACAGACCUCAGUGGGAAGGUGUUUGUAUUCCCUCAAGAAUCUUCUACUCACCAUGUGACCUUGACCCCAAAGCUGGAGAGUCCUCUGAAGAACUUCACCUUGUGCUUCCGAGCCUACAGCGACCUGCCCCGUGCCUACAGCCUCUUCUCCUACAACACCCCGAGCAAGGAAAAUGAGCUCCUGAUCUUCACAAAUGAAGUUGGGAAUUACAUCCUGUACAUCAGAAGAACCAAAGUCACCUUCGUGGCGAUGGAGACGGUCCCCAGUCCUGUGCACAUCUGUACCAGCUGGGAGUCCUCCACCGGCAUAGCAGAGUUCUGGGUCAACUGGAAGCCGCUGGUGAAAAAGGGCCUGAAGCAGGGUUAUGUGGUACAAGGUCACCCCAAAAUAGUCCUGGGGCAGGAGCAGGAUUCCUACGGGGGGAGUUUUUAGAAGUCCCAGUCCUUCGUGGGAGAGCUGGGGGACCUGUACAUGUGGGACUCCGUGCUGUCCCCAGAGCAGAUCCGAUCAGUGUGGCAGGGCUCCUACCUCCCUGCCAACGUCCUGGACUGGCGCGCGCUGACCUACGAGAUCAAAGGGUAUGUCAUUGUCAAGCCCCUGGUGUGGAGCUGAGCUCAAGGCCACAAGAGCGCCGACGCUGAGGAAGUCGCUCCGAGGCGACCAUGUGUGAGAACCCGUUCCGGUAGCCCCUGCCUUUUUCAGUUUCCUGUCUGCACGCUGCCCAGUAAAAAAAAAAAAA